AGAGAGAUAUAGAGAGCUAGAUAGAGAUAUGGGAAGAGGGAGAAGUUCGUCUUCUUCGUCGAUAGAGAGUACCAGCAAGAGCAACCCAUUCGGUGGCUCGUCAAGUACUCGGAACCUAAGCACGGAUCUGAGGCUCGGACUCAGCUUCGGUACGUCUUCAGGGACGCAAUAUUUCAACGGUGGCUAUGGGUACUCCGUUGCAGCUCCGGCGGCAGAGGAGGCGGUAUAUGCUGCGGCGGUGGAGGAGGAAGAAGAGAACGAGUGCAACAGUGUGGGGAGCUUCUAUGUAAAGGUGAACAUGGAGGGAGUUCCCAUUGGAAGAAAGAUCGAUCUAAUGUCUCUUAAAGGCUACCACGACUUGAUCAGAACCCUAGAUUUCAUGUUCAACGCCUCCAUUCUCUGGGCUGAAGAAGAAGAAAUGUGCAGCGACAAGAGUCACGUGCUAACGUACGCCGAUAAGGAAGGUGACUGGAUGAUGGUUGGGGACGUUCCUUGGGAGAUGUUCUUGUCUACUGUGAGAAGACUGAAGAUUUCAAGAGCUUACCACUACUAAUAUAGUAAAAAAGUCUGCGUACGUACUUGUGUUUAAAUCGAAGUAAUGCCAAGAAAAAAGUUUUUGUCUGUUGUAAA